AAUAGCAACCAAAAUAAAAUUAUUCCAUGAAAAUUAAUUCAAAUAUCCAAUUACUUACUAGGCUAUCCUAUUGUAUAACAGCUAUAAAAAUGUAAUGUUUAUGUUACUGAGAAAAUUGAAAUCAAUGCGUAUCGCCGCGUUGUUUUACUAAUCUCACUUCAUGGAAUAAAAUCUUUUAAAACUUGAUCAUGUUGCUGCCAGGCGAAAACAGUCCGAAGACAUGGCUUUUUGUAACGAUAUUGGUUUCGACGAUAAUCGCUCUUACUGAAUCAUCAGGUGCCAGAACUCUUGAUGUAAAAAUUGGGUUUGACAUAACACAAGGCAGCAACGGAGCUCCUUUAAUAAUUAACGUUCGAAAAUUCCAAGAUUCUGCUGAAUUUAAUCCAAGAGCCGCUGAUGACGAUAGCAGUAACGAGAGUGUUAGUAAAAAAAAGACAAGUCCACGAGGAUCAAGCGAAAGCGAGGAUCGAGAUCAUGAUCGAGACAGAGACCAUCCAAAAAAGGACGAAUCGAGCAAAGAGCACGCCAAACCAGCCAAAUCUAGCAACGACAGUGAUGAUGACGAGGACGAGAAAUCUGUGGUGUCCCAUGAAGAUAAACUAAGAAGUACAAGAGGCUUAAGAGCGGCGGAUUUUGAACCAGAAGAAGACAAUCCAAAACUACAUGGAAGGUAUCAAAAAAAUUCUGAUUCAGAUGCCAAUUCUGAUGGUGACCAUCGUCGCUACAGAAGACACAUUGACAGACUUGCUAACAGUAAAGGGUAAACAAGUGCUUUUAGAAACGAUGAAUAAAUAAAGUUUUCAAUAAAGUACUAGCUCUCUCA